AUGCCCGCGCUUCACCAGUGGGAUUACCUCUUUGCCUUUGGCACCAUUUUUGCCGCACUUGAUGCGUACAAUAUUGGUGCCAAUGAUGUCGCUAACUCUUUCGCGACAUCCGUAUCUUCAAAGUCGUUGACUAUGCUGCAAGCGUGCAUGGUGGCUGCCUUGAUGGAAUUCCUUGGUGGCGUCCUCGUCGGCGCUCGGGUUUCUGGUACGAUCAAGAAUAGCAUCGUUCCUAUUGAUGCGUUUCAAAACAAUGCUGGGGUUCAGUUACUUGGUUUCACGGUUGCUUUGUGUUGCUCGGCGACAUGGCUCAUGAUAGCAACGAGGAACUCCUGGCCCGUAUCUACCACAUACUCUAUUGUGUCUGCUGUAGCAGGUGUCGGCGUGGCAGUCGGCGGGAAAGAUGCCGUACAAUGGGGCUGGAACAAUGGAAGCGGUCUUGCUGCUAUCUUUGCUGGGUUCGUCGUCGCACCCGGUAUAUCUGCUGGGUUUGCGGCUAUCAUCUACAUGCUAACCAAAUAUUGUGUGUUGCUUCGCAAGAACUCACUUCGUGCUGGAUUCUUCACUGUUCCCAUAUUCUUCUUCGGCGUUACCGCAAUUCUCACUAUGUGCAUCAUUUGGAAAGGAUCACCGACCCUCAAACUCAAAGAACUUCCUGACAACAUCACUGCUGCAGCGAUUGUAGGGACUUCGGCGGUGGUUACGGUCCUGUCUCUUCUCUUUUGGCUACCAUUUGUCUAUGUCAAAACAGUUAGGAACGACUACACGGUGAGGUUUUACCACUUCUUCUUGGGACCUCUACUUUGGUGGCGCAAACCUCCUACCGAUGCUCUCGUCACCGACAUUUCCGCUGUGCCUGACUAUCAUGUAAUUCAUGAAGGGGACACCCGACCUUCUAACAUUACAAAGGAAGAGAGAUUCGCCUCGGAAGAUACGUCCACCGAUGAGAAAGAAGAAAUUCUCGCAGGCGUACCUCCUGCAAUCGAACCAUCGAUUCCACUUGCGUCGGUAGAAGAUCCUCACCCAAUCGAAGGAGCGUGGUAUCUCCCCACAAACAUCUAUAUAUUCUUCCGCUUCAAGUUCGUGGCUACGUUGUACAAACUUCUCACCCACGGAAUCACUAUUGACAUCCACAAAUUGCAGACGGAAGGCACUGACCAGAGACGCCUUCGCGCCAUGCAUGAACGGGCUAAACAGUACGACAACAAAACGGAGCAUCUGUAUUCAUUCCUCCAAGUCAUGACAGCUUGCACAGCAUCUUUUGCUCAUGGCGCUAAUGACCUUGGCAACGCCGUUGGUCCCUACUCUGCUAUCUACGCCAUCUGGAGCUCCGGCGUCGCCGCAGGCAAACAGAGCGAGACGCCUGUGUGGAUAUUAGUUGCAGGUGCACUCUUCCUCGUCCUUGGGCUCGCAACGUACGGAUACAAUAUUAUGGCUGUCCUCGGGAAUCGCAUGACUCUGCACUCACCCUCCCGCGGGUACAGCAUGGAACUAGGAUCUGCCAUCACUGUCGUCUUUGCCUCUCAAUACGCUAUCCCGGUUUCGACAACGAUGUGUAUCACCGGUGCGACGCUAGGUGUUGCCUUGUGCAAUAAUGACCUCAAGUCGUUCAAUUGGCGCGGUCUUGGAUGGAUCGUUCUGGGAUGGGUUUUGACUGUUCCCAUUGCUGGUGUGUCCGCUGGAUGUGUUAUGGGUAUUAUUUUAAAUGCUCCUCAUUUCUAA